AAUAUGUUAACCUCUUAUUGGAAUGAUAAACUAGAUCUCUAUGGCAAUCAUUUUGUUUUUUAAGUAUUUCUAGUAAGCAUAUGAACUAAGAGUUAUUAGACGUUUCCAUUGACUGUUACAUAUGGCAGAUAUAAAAUAUCUAGCGUUUAGGUAUUGUUAUGUUUAUGUUACUGGCACAGAAAACGUUGUUGACUUCAUAAAACAAAUGUUCUACUCUAAUGUCCUAAAUUUCUUUUUUAAAUUGAAACUAUUAGUAUGGUGACCCUACAAACCCCUUUCAUAGAUUUUUAUUUCACAUAUUAGAAUAGGUUUUAUUCGCUAUUUAUUAGAUACAAUAUAGCUAAUGUUUGUUCCCUUUGUUUUUAUUCAGGUUCACCAAUCAUGGGGAACGCGUUGUCACUCCGUUCAUCCUGCUUCUCCAGCAAAGCCUCCAAGAAGGUCAAGGAUGGAAAAUCUAAGGAGAGGAGAUCAUGCUUCUCAUAUGAUUCCAAGAAGCAGUAUCAAGACGCCUCGACCAUGACGGAGCAGGAACCAAUAGCUGCGCCCCCCAAACCUGUGGUGCUUCGCGCUACCACCAGCGAGCUGCUGAAGUGUUUGGGGGAAUUCAUCUGUCGCAGGUGCUCAAAGCUGGAGGACCUCUCGCCAUUGAAGCCUGGGAUAUGGCUAAGAAAUUUAGACCGAGCCCUAAAAGAACGGAAGUACGGUCGCUUCCUAACCCCGGCCAGUGUUAUAUUCCUCUACAUGAUUUGUAGAGAUGUCAUUUCAUCAGAGCUGGCCAAGGAGGGCGAAUUAGUGGCACAAUUGCUCACCUGUGCCUACAUCACCUGUUCCUACAUGGGCAAUAGGACUUCUUACCCAGCAGCACCAUUCAUGGCUGACAGAUCCAAGACAGCAUUUUGGGACAGAUGUCUUUCCAUCAUCAAUGCUACGAGUGCCAAGAUGCUCCGGAUCAAUGAAGAUCAACAGUAUUUUGUCCAGAUAUUUGUUGAUCUUAAGGCUGAAGCGGAGCCCUACUACUGAUGUGGUUAAAUCCCUGAAUUGGAAUUUUA